UAUAGGUCACCAGUGAGACUGACUCAGGGAACCUCGUGGCUGUCAGUUAACCGCUUCAUUAUUAACCACAAGCAAACAGACUCAACAGUUCUUUGUAACUCGGAAACUCGGGAGAGCGAGCUGAACAUCUCCCGCCGUUACUUUGCUGCUCGUCGGCUUGAGUAGGCAGCCGUGAGGACGCUUCUCACCAAACAAAGGGAGAGCAGCGUGGAAGGCAAAGUUGGAGGUCUUGUAGCACAGCCUGUGCAGAAGUUUUUUUGCGUAGUAAAGGCAGUGUAGUAAAACUUGCUUACCGUCUCCGGAAGGUAGCGUUUCCAUUCAUCCUCAGGAGUGUCACGCGCUCGGCUCUGUGUGUUACUAGCACCUGCAGACAUGACGCGAAGGUCCUGCGCGAUUCCUGCGGUUGGGACCAUCUCCGCUCUCCUGCUGGUGGUUGGGAUUGGCUUAGUCGUGUCCCAAGUUUUCCGCACCCUCAUACACAACCGCCUCAAAAAGGAGAUUGUUUUGGUAGAGGGCAGCCGUGUGUUUGAGUCAUGGAAGACCCCUCCCCCUCCUGUCUACAUGGAGUUUUUCUUCUUCAAUGUGACCAAUGUGAAUAAAUUCCUCGAAGGGGAAAAAGCAGAGGUCAAGCAAGUUGGACCCUACACGUACAGGGAGUACAGGUAUAAAGACAAUGUGAGCAUGGUGGAAAAUGACUCGAAGGUGUCCGCAUACAACACCAAAAGCUUUGUUUUCCUGAGAGACAAGUCUGUGGGAGACCCAGCUGUGGAUAACAUCACCACUGUCAACAUCCCUGCUUGGGCUGUAAUGACAAAGGUGAAAGGGAGUUUCUGGAAGAGCAACUUGGUGUCCAUCUGGAUGAACUCUUUCGGGACAGGCCUCUUCACUACUCGCACUGUGGAUGAAUUGCUGUGGGGCUACGAAGACCCCCUGCUGACCCGUGUUUCUUCCUCCAAUCCUGAUGUGGAGAAAGACUUUGGCCUCAUGUACAAGAAAAAUGGAAGUAACGACGGGGAAUUUGUGUAUCACACUGGGACGCAGAACUACAUGGAUUAUGGUCGCGUUGAAACAUGGAAAGGCCAAAGCCAGCUGACCUUCUGGAUGUCUAACCAAAGCAACAGCAUCAAUGGAUCAGAUGGAAGUGCUUUCCACCCUCUGCUGAAAAAGGACGAGCGCCUUUACAUCUUCACUCCAGACCUCUGCAGGUCGAUCUACAUGGAAUUCCAGAAAGAUGUAGAGGUGAAAGGAAUCCCAGCUUACCGCUUCACACCUCCACGUUCUGUUUUGGCCAGCAAAGAGGAGAACCCUGCCAAUGAGGGGUUCUGCAUCAGCCCACAAGAGUGCCUGGGAACUGGCCUUCUUAAAGUCAGUCCCUGUCGGAAAGGUGCCCCAGUGGUUGCCUCCUUUCCUCAUUUCCACCUGGCAGACCCUAAAUAUGUGGCUGCCAUUGAAGGAAUGUCCCCUCAAACAGAGCAUCACCAAACGUUCCUAGACCUUAACCCGACCACUGGAGUGAUCGUGCGUGCAAACAAGAGAGCACAAGUAAACAUCUUGCUCAGCAGAGUCCCUGGAUUCCCGAAAACUAGAGCCCUGAAUGAGACUGUCUUUCCUGUCAUGUUCCUAAAUGAGAGUGUGGUGAUUGAUGAUGCAUCCGCAGCGAGAGUACAGAAACUGCUGCUGAUUGUCACACUAGUGUCCAACUUCCCGCUCAUUAUUGUGGGACUGGGUGCCAUUAUGCUCGCAAUCUUCAUCGUCCUUCUGAUCCGGGAACGCAAUAAGAAGAAAGAAGUUAAGCGCAUUGUGUUUACCAAGCCACUCUAUGCUACAUCCACAGAAGAGGACACGUCUUACUCCCCAGUCAGUGACAAGGAAAAGGAAGAUCCUCAAAAUGGAACCUAUAUUGGUUUGACACCUAAAGCUGACCCACAGGCUUGAGGAGGGAGGGAAGAUUUAGACGGGGCUUUGUACAUCUUCAAACCUCAGAAUCAUGAACACGGAUUUGGCCUUUCAGGAGAGAGAAAAAACUCCACCAUAGAAAAUUGUCAGUUUUGCCUUUACAAUUGGAAAUCUCAGGGGGAUAACGGGGUAGAGGAGGGGAACAUAUUUUUAGUCCUAAAAAUAAUGUAGUUAGUCUUAGCCAUGGAGAGUUACCCAAAGUCCAGUAACACACUGUAUUCCCAGGAAAAAAGAAUUGACAUUCAUUUGAAAACACUGUGUGUCAAGGGCUACUUUUCGCUGUUCGGGUAAAUCAGUUGCUGAAAAUGUUAAUGUAAAAAUGCUGACAACAAGCUGUGGUUCUCUAAUGGCUAGAGAUAACACUUUGUUAGUGGUCCAAAACAAUAAAUAGAAUAAAUACAACAAUAAAUUAGAUUUUUAGUGCUGUGGCCUCACCUCAUUCUCUGUUUGCCUCGAUUAGAUUGUGUAUUCAGAUUUUAGCGACUGAGUACUUUGUAACAGGGCACAGAGAGUGACGGGACCAGGGUAAUGAAGUCCACAAACUGUGAGUUUUUUGGAUACAGUGUCAUGAGUCGCUCUCAGGGGGCCUCUGCUUAGAUAUUAUAUAAAAUGAUUAAAGCAGGUGAGAGGAGCAAGUCUUUGUGAAGACAUUUUAGUCAAUCCAGUAUUGUUAUGUUUCAUUUUCAUUUCAUCCUAUGUUACAAAACAUUUUCAUUGUUCAUUAUUACUUUCUGUUGGUGCGCUGUAGAGGGAUUCCUGUGAGUGUCCUUAUCACCCGUACCUGAAAAACCCUUAGAGUAUGGCAUGUAUUUGUAUAUAUACAGUGUAAGAUGUGUUGAGCCGCUUACAUUCCUCUCAGUGUAUGAUGGGAAUUAAUAUCAGACAAAACGCUGUAUAUUUUGGAUACUUUAAUUUUUUGUAAAAUAAGAAGUCCUUCUCAUUUUUGUAAAUGUUAAUGUAGAAAUCUUUGAAUGAGGAACAUCUUAAACUAGAGCUUCACAAAUGUCUUCUAGUGUUAUAAUGAGCGACACUUUCAUCAGCCAUGUAAAGCCUUGAACAUGACAGGGUUUUAUGGCAGAAACAAUGAUUCAUACAUUAUUGAAUUUAUGUGUUGGCAGUGUUUUUGCCCUUUAUGACUGCUUAUACUAUCUGAUGUGGCCAUAUCAAAAUGUAAUUCAUCUUAUUAUCAUUUCAAAAUGCGCUUUUUUGAUGCUGUUGUUGAAUGCCUUUGCAUUGUUGGUGCACCAACCAACCUUUUUUUCUCAUUGUUUGUGAAAACUUAAGAUUUCAUGUCAGGUGUCCAGCCAUUGCAACUCAUGAGGGUUCAAUAUGAAGAAACACUAUAGUUGUGCCUUUAAAAGAAUCAAUGUUACUGGAUCUCUUUUGCCUUUUGUACUUUUCACAUAUUUUGUGAAAAGAAGAUAUGUCAUACCAACAAAUCUACUCUCAAGUUUAGAUCAUUUUCUUCCAGAUACCAAACAAAACUGAGCAUGAAACAGUUUUUAUAGUUUUUAUAUACCGGCAGGGUCAUACUGCACUUUGAAAACACUCUUCUUGAAUGAUAGAUUUGUUGUACAGGGCUACAGCUUUCUCACUCAAGUCUGGUGAACAUAUUAGACUUCAGGUGCCAUUUAUUGUAAUAUAAAAAUGCUGCAGAUUUACUUCAUUUGAACUGUGAUGAGUUCAGCUUUUAUUCCUGCUCUUAUUCUUAGUUGUGACAUUUUAAGGAUGAAUGAGUUGCUUUAUUCAACCUUGUCAUUACAUGCACUCUAAUAAUCAGCAAUGACUAUAGCAGACAAUAGUGGAGAAGCUGCAACAUGUUUCAUGGAGAGAUUUUGCUUCAUCAUUUGAUUUUACUAUUUGUGUUUGAUUUUGAUUGUAAUUAAACUACGUAUGAUAAGACAAACAAAUAAGAGUGCAUAAUGUAGUUUCAUCACAAAUUUGUGAGAGGGUGAAUGAAUGGAUAAGUCAUAAAUUUUUAUUGCAAAAAAAAAGCAGUAUUACACAACAUGAGUAUUGUGGUUAAAGAUGAUAAAUUAUUUUGUUAUGGUGGUAAAACCAAAACAGAAAGCUCCAUAAUGACUGGACCCUGGGCUACUUUGUGCCAUAUUUUGAUUAAAGAUUGUUCUUUCUAAAGUUAUCGUUACUGCUAUAACCACAUAUUCUUCCAAUUGUCAGCUUGUUUUGAAAUGUUGACUGUUUUUACUGUGUACACAAAAAUAAAAGUAGUUUCAGUAAGUGUGUCUUCA